UUCGAUAAUAUAUAUAAAAGGCAUUGGAGCUCAUUUCCACACCACACACAUUGUAUCCUGUCAUUGCUAAACUGAAAGCAAGUUAAUAGACCAGAAUGCUGAAGGUUGCCGUGUUGCUCGCCGUUGUAGCCGUUGCCAGCGCUGGAUACGUCCAUGGCGUUGCCGGCGGUGUCAGUACAACUUCUCGUGCUCAAGAUGACUUUGGUAACUACAGAUUCAAUUACCGCAUUGUGGAUCCUCUUGGCGCUUCCAACUCCCGUUGGGAAGCUGGCGACGCCCACGGCAACCAGGUUGGUUCUUACACCAUCAGAGACAUCGACGGACGGGCCAGGAACGUCAAUUACGUGGCUGAUGGAGCUGGAUUCCGCGCCAAAAUCCAUACCAACGAACAGGGCACUGCCACCAGCCUUCCUGCCGCCGCUGUCGUAGCCUCUAGCCAGCCUGGAAUUCCUGCAGUUGGCCCUGCUACCGUCCGUAUAGCUCAUGCUGCCCCCGUUGCUCACGCUCCUGUCGCUGCCAUUGCCCACGCUCCUGCCAUAGCUGCUGUUGCUCACGGACCAGCUGUUGGUUUAGCUGGUGGAUUCGGUGUAGGCCUCGGCUUUGGAGGACAUGGAAUUGGUCACCUGGGAGGGCAUGGACUAGGUCACCUGGGAGGAUAUGGGCUGGGUCAUGUUGGAGCAUAUGGAGGUGGUUUCGGAGGAUUCAAAUAUAUAAAAGGUAGUGGAACUCACUUUCGCACCACACAUUGUAUCUCCUUCUCCAGUGAACUGAAACCAAGUUUCUCUUAUUCCAAAAUGCUGAAGGUUGCUGUGUUGCUUGCCGUUGUUGCUGUUGCCAGAGCUGGAUUUAACCAUGGCAUUGCCGGCGGUGUCAGUACAAGUUCUCGUGCUCAAGACGACUUUGGUAACUACAGAUUCAAUUACCGCAUUGUGGAUCCUCUUGGCGCCUCCAACUCCCGUUGGGAAGCUGGCGACGCCCACGGCAACCAAGUUGGUUCCUACACCAUCAGAGACAUCGACGGACGGGCCAGGAACGUCAAUUACGUGGCUGAUGGAGCUGGAUUCCGCGCCAAGAUCCAUACCAACGAACAGGGCACUGCCACCAGCCUUCCUGCCGCCGCUGUCGUAGCCUCUAGCCAGCCUGGAAUCCCUGCAGUUGGUCCUGCUACCGUCCGUAUAGCUCAUGCUGCCCCCGUUGCUCACGCUCCUGUCGCUGCCAUUGCCCACGCUCCUGCCGUAGCUGCUGUUGCUCACGGACCAGCUGUUGGUUUAGCUGGUGGUUUUGGUCUAGGACUCGGUUUCGGAGGACAUCUGGGAGGACAUGGACUAGGUUACCUUGGAGGAUAUGGACUAGGCCAUCUGGGAGGUCUAAUUCAUCACUGAGUUGUCAAUGAUGAAACGUGUAUUUUGUAAAUUGUAAGCAUGUUUAUAGCAUGUCACAAUACAGAAAGCUGUAACCUUAAAUAUAUACAAAAUAAUAUUAUUUGAAUGAUUUUGUCUCUUUGUGAGAAUAAUUGUGUUUGUUUAUCUACAAAUUAAAUAGGUAAUCAUCAAAAUUUUGAACAAACUUUAAAUUUUAAACUAAUUUUCUUACGCAAACAAGGUCAUUAGUUGUUCAGAAGGUAAACGUUUUCCUUUAAUUAUGCAAUUUCUAGUAACUUAAGUAUGAUGUCCACUAUAGAAAUUCCAUUCUUUAGCCUAUCUUGUGGUUUGUCUGCCCUGCAAAGUUUCAAAUGUAAAAACCUGGAAAUUCAUAUAUUCUUUUGCUUUAAAAUCCUUUGUACUGCGUCUGUAUACUUCUUUAAAUUAUCGGUAUUAAAAUAAACUAAAUAUUAGCUCAAA